AGAAAACCUAGAUCCGACCCGGAACAGGCUAUCCGAAUUGCCGACCCUGAAGAAAUUGAAAGAGACAAACAAAACCAAAUUCGUAAAAUCUUAAGGUGAGUCUGAGAUGAGUUGAUGGCAUUGCCUCCUUAGGGAUUUGAAAUAUUCAAAGUUGUUUCUUCUUUUCCUGGAAUUUUCGUUCCUUUUCCGCGAUCCCUAUCAUCACCAAAAGCGGAAAUAAAAUCUGAAAAUGGAGGACAUGGACAUUGAUUCAUUAGUGGACAUACCCGACACUCCUGAUAGGCUAUCUUCACGGAGAAUGCAUGGAGGUCAUCGUGUUGGCAAUUUAUAUGCAGCUGAUCAUGUGGGAGGUUCUAAUAGUGCAUCUUUGGAUAGGCUAAGGGGCAGAGAUAGAGUGGUUGCUGAAAAUGGGCAGAACAGAAAACGUUAUAGACACCCUCAAAAACUUUCAGGUGGGGUUGAUGAAACUGAACAUCGAAAAAACACAAUUGUUUUAUCCCCACUGGAGAAAGCUCGAGAAAAUGCUCCUCUAUCCCGAAAAACAACAAUGGAGAGAAGCAGGAAUUCCAUUAGAGAGCAAUACAUGGAUAAAGGAAAAGCUCCUUUCUCUAAGUUGCCAUCUAAAUCAUCUGGAUUUGGAAAAGAUCAUGCUAUGGUAAAUUUAACUGGGCGGAAUAUGCAUAAACCUGAAAUGGAAUUUCCGCAAGGUGGAUCAGAAAAUUGCUCAGCAGGAGGAAAAAAUGAAGGCAACGUACCAAGAAAUGGUGGUUCUUACAUAUAUAAUUCUUCAAGCAAUUCUGCAACAUCCAGAAAUAACUGCAAGGGAAAAGAAAAAAUAAAUGACAUUGGAUUUGAAGGUGUUGGUUCAGUUACUGAUCAUGCAAAAGGGGUGGAUCUCUCUUGUGGUUCCCCUCUUAGAUUGGACAAGCAAUUGCCUGGAUAUCAAAAUGUUGUCUCACCAAGAGCAACUGUGAAAAGAAGAUUGGUUCGAAAUGGCUGCAUCUCUCCCCAGAAUAUAGCUAUCAGGGCUAAACAAUUCAAUGAAAAAUCCCAAAACAGCUUUAAAUCUGAACAAAAUUCUGGGAAUGCGGUUAGCAAUAAUCCUUCUGUAGACAUUAGUGAGAUAAUUGCUGGAGAUAAUAAUUAUGGGAAAGGAAAAGGUGUUGCCCAACCUCUCGUAUCUAUGGAUCAGGAUAUUAAUUGUAUUAGUUUAUCUGGCAGUGCUGUGAACAAUGGAGAAGCUAGUGGUACUAAUGGUGAUUCGAUUAGAGAUGAAUGCUUUGAGGAAAAAGGUGGUUGGAGAAGCGCACACAACCGUUCAAAGAAUGCAGAGCAUGCAGCUUCACAUCGUUUCAGCAGAUUUAAAAAUGUUGGACGCCACGUAAGUCAACAAAAUGAAAAUAAAGUUGUAAAAAGAAACAAUGCUAGUAGAGGAAGCAACAGGAUUCCAUCUGGUUGUCUGGAAAAUUGUGAUGCAACUGAAACAGCUCCUGUGAUCUUCUCAAAAUUCAACCAAAAAAGUGAGCCUUCUCAUGCGGAAAAUCUGCUGUCUAAAAGGCAAACGAAACAUGUGUUAUCCUCGGGAAAUAGUGGUGAAAGCUCUAGGGUCAUUCCCAAUGACACAGACAUUAUGUUUCUUGGCUCAUCUUGGGGAUCAUCUAGUUUAGGGUCAUCUAGAAUUAAUACUGGGCACCAUCUGAAUGUUUUGGAUCUUGAUGAGUUAUCUGAAAUGAGAGGGACAAAUGUGGAUGCCAAUCAUGGAGACUGUGUGAAUGACGAGGAAUCAGAGGCUAGGGCAAGACAAGUUGAGGCAGAUGAAGUAUUGGCCCGUGAACUCCAAGAACAAUUAUAUCAUGAGGUCUCAAUAUAUGGCAACAAUGAGAUUGAUGAAAACAUCGCAAGGGCUCUUCAGCAGGAGGAGGAUACAUUCCCAAGUACUUCUAAUUGUAGCAUUCAUGAGCCUCAGCAGAGAGGCCCAACACGGCAAUCCCGUACUCAGUCUUCAGUGCGGACUUCUCAGAAUUCUUCAAAUAGGAGAGGAAGAGGGUCAACAAGGCAGUCUCGUACUCGGUCUCCAUUGCGGACUUCUCAGAAUUCUUCAAAUAGGAGAGGAGUACGGGCUCGUUUUUCUAGUUCUGCUAGAGUGCCACGGUUGAGGAAUCAGGUUUUGAAUCAACGUCGAGCAGUGCCAUCUAGGACAAGGAAUUUUCACUUUCCUUUGGACAUGGAUUUGGAUAUGCGACUUGAUAUAUUGGAAGCCAUGGAGGCUGCUAUUGGAGAUGAUGAUGAUGACAUUGCUGGUCACAUCUUCCGUGUUCACAAUGAUUUUAACGAUGGGGAUUAUGAAAGGUUUCUGACCCUUGAUAAUAAUAAUCAUCAACAUACUGGUGCAUUUCUUCACCAAAUUAACAGUUUACCACUCUCCAAAGUGCAGAUUGAUAACUUUGAGGAAGUUUGUGCCAUAUGCCUUGAAACGCCCGCAAAUGGAGAAACCAUUCGCCAUCUUCCUUGUCUACAUAAAUUUCACAAGGAUUGUAUCGAUCCAUGGCUGAGUCGGAAAACAUCAUGCCCGGUUUGCAAGUCAUCUAUAAAUUGAAUAAGUUACCUCGGGUUCUGGUGUCCGCAAAGAGAUGAUAUUGAUGAACGGUUAAGCAACAGAGAAUGAAGUGAGCAGCAGACAGGCUUUGAAAUCUUUAGCGUAAAGCUAUAGGGCCAUGGCAUUGGCACGCAGCUCGUUGUUGUUUUUGUUGAAACGUUUUUAAAUUUUAUUUAGUUGGAAAAUGAUGAACUCCCCAUCAAAAACAUUUUUCACCUGUCAAAGCCCUUAUCUAUGCUUCAUUUAGAGGUCUGUUCACUGCGAUUUGCAUUAGAAUCAUUCAUGUUGCUCCCUUGCCUCCAAUUUCCGAAAGAAUAUAUUUAUGGAAUCGGUUAGUUUUACGUAUUAAAACUUGUUGAGGGGUUCAAAUCCUCAACAGGUUGAGUAUUGUAUUCUCGGGAUGUUGAUUUUUCAUUAGUCUUGAGGAGGGCAUAGAGACACCCUUUGUUGGUUGGUGAUUCAUACAAAUGAUGUUGAGAGCUUAAGGGUUUACAUAACUAUUUAUGAGUAAAUAUGGUAUUUUGUUUGAAUUAAUGAGGAUGUCCUUUUAUGUAUUUAAAAGUUGAAAUAUUUUAUAUUAAAUAAAUAAGUUAUUCGAUGUUGGAUAUGAA